CGCCGCCUCCCUUGUUCCUUGUUAUUGGAUAUCCCUCCGCCCUCGGACGCAGUUAUAAAAAAACAAAAAACAAGCUAGUUUGUAAACACCAUCGACGGCAGAUUUUCCUGGAGAUUUUUAAUAUCUCCUAGCCUUUGACAAUGAAGUUUAUGUACAAAGAAGAACAUCCAUUUGAAAAGCGACGGUCCGAAGGGGAGAAAAUCAGAAAGAAGUACCCGGAUAGAGUGCCUGUGAUCGUUGAGAAAGCUCCCAAAGCCAGAAUAGGAGAUCUGGACAAGAAGAAAUAUCUCGUCCCAUCUGACCUCACAGUGGGGCAGUUCUACUUCCUCAUUCGGAAAAGGAUCCACUUAAGGGCCGAAGAUGCCCUCUUCUUCUUUGUAAACAACGUCAUUCCUCCAACAUCUGCCACUAUGGGGCUGCUUUACCAGGAGCACCAUGAAGAAGACUUUUUCCUUUACAUUGCCUACAGUGAUGAAAGUGUCUAUGGGGAUGUUUUGAGAGAUGUGUAACAAAUUUACUUGCCCCACACUACCCUUCCUUAAAAUAAAAUGAUCAAUACGUUAGGCCACACAAAGUGUACAUUUUGAAUGCAAUUUCAUAUCCUCCAAGUCUGUUUAUGAAAUAUUGUUUGUACUCUGUGUUGCCUGCAUAUUGUUCCUUCCUACUUAAGAGUUCCUCCUUAAGUCUUGCUUUUAGGCAGACCGGAUACAACCUACGUCCUGGUCUGUUUCAGUAAAUUAGUGGUACUCAUAUGCAUAAAAGCUUUUUCAGUGUU